UUCCUGUGCACCGUCAAAUAGAAACGGGUAAAAACAUUCAUGGCUUGAUGGUUCAGAAAUCAACUAAACGCGUGAAAACUGCAACUAAACAUGAAUUACGUACCAGGGACGGCCAGUCUCAUUGACGAUAUUGACAAAAAGCACUUGGUCCUGCUGCGAGAUGGCAGAACACUAAUCGGUUACCUGAGAAGCAUCGAUCAGUUUGCCAAUUUAGUCUUUCAUCAGACGGUGGAGCGUAUCCACGUGGGAAAGAAAUUUGGAGAUAUUCCCAGAGGUAUCUUCAUCGUCAGGGGAGAAAAUGUAGUCCUGCUUGGGGAAAUAGAUUUGGAUAAGCCCUGCGACACAGUCUUGCAGCAGGUUUCAAUUGAGGAGAUCCUGGAGGAGCAGCGGUUGCAGCAGCAGGCCAAACAGGAAACGGAGAAAGUCAAAAUGCAAGCUCUGAAGGACAGAGGCCUUUCCAUACCCAAAGCUGAUAAUUUGGACGAGUAUUGAACCCUUUACAAGCCUUUUAGUUUGUAUAAGACAAAUGGAUUUUAUGUUUAACUGAAGGGUGUCUUUUGUUUUGUGGCUAGAAUCAUGUAAGGCACAAUACUGCAUUGUUUUGUUUUGCUUUUUUUUCUUUUCUUAAUAGUUUCAUUUAAAUUGUAUGGGGAUGUAAGAACUGUUUAAGCAAAUGGUUACAACUUGACGGCCUUUUUACAGCAGCACUUUGUCAUCAAUCAUCAUAAUGACGUGAACUUUUUAUUUGGAGAUGGUGGGUCUGCUAGUGACUAACACUCCUGUUCUCCAUUAAAACAAUUGAGUUUCACUUACUAAAGCCUGCUUGAAAAAUCUUUUGUCUUUGAAGGUUUAAUCUGCAAGUACACAGAAAGCGGUGCGUUUAGUCAUUUAAGUAUUUAUUGGUGACUUGACUGGCUUCCUAUUGGCUAAUCAAAACGUUAAUUCUGUUAUAGGGAUGAUCUUUCAGAUACUGAUCAAUUUCCCUCAUUAGCUGCUAGAAUAAAGUGACGUGUAAGAGAA